AUGGAGGCGCAGCCUCCCCCGGGAGCGCCGCAGCGGCCCCGCCGGCUCUUUAUCGCUGCCCGGCCCGGGCACGGCCUUCUGGCGCCGCAGAUUAGAGUUGUUUUCCCAGAAGCUGCAGGCAAGUCAACAUUUGUCAGGCUACUAGAGAAACACAGUGACGAGUGGGAGAUCAUCCCCGAACCCAUUGCCAAGUGGUGCAACAUCCAGACAGCUGAAGAUGAAUACGAGGAACUUUCAACAUCUCAGAAGAGUGGAGGAAAUCUACUUCAAAUGCUGUACGAUAAACCCACAAGAUGGGCUUACACAUUUCAGACUUACGCUUGCUUGAGCCGAGUAAGAGCACAACUAAAACCUGUCUCAGCCAAGCUACACGAAGCAGAACAUCCAGUGCAAUUUUUUGAGAGAUCCGUGUACAGUGACAGAUACAUAUUUGCUUCUAACCUGUUCGAGUCUGGAAAUAUUAAUGAAACAGAGUGGGCUAUUUAUCAGGACUGGCAUACAUGGCUUUUGAACCAGUUUGAAUCAGACAUAGAACUGGAUGGCAUGAUCUACCUAAGAACCACACCUCAGAAAUGCAUGGAAAGGCUACAUAUGAGAGGAAGAGAAGAGGAACAAGGAAUUGAGCUUGAGUAUUUGGAAAACCUCCACUAUAAACAUGAAACCUGGCUUUAUGAAAGGACUAUGAGAGUUGAUUUUGAGAACCUUAAAGAGAUUCCCAUUCUAGUUUUGGAUGUUAAUGAAGACUUUAAGAAUGAUAAGAUUAAACAGGAGUACCUGAUUGAUAAGGUCAAGUCUUUCCUGACUUCGUAA